UUGCGUCCGAAAUUGACUGAGCAAUAAUCACAAGACUUACUGGUGACUUUGAUAACAAUAGACUGUUCUUUACGUGAGAGUCACGAGUUUUUGAUGGAAAACUACUAAGUCUCCAGCGAUCAGUAUAAGACGUGGCAUGUUUCGCGGGUUCGCCGCAAAUUGAGAAAUCCCAACACGUAAAUGGAUCAUAUCGCAUAUCAGGUGAACUUGGUAGUUUUUUCGAGAAAUAAGUCGAUAAUUAUUCCUUGAAUCUUUUGUCAACCACAGACGACUGGCACAUGGCUACCAAGACUGCUGAAGGACACCGUGGAUAUUCCUACAUCAUCGAGUCUUUCCUGGAAUUCUUAGAAUUGGGACAUUUCCCUGUUGGCUAAUUAUAAAUUCAUAAUCGAAUCCUUCCUAUCAUUGGGAAAUUUCCCAGUUGACUGGUUAUAAAAUUCGCGUCGAUUGAAAAUCGCAAUUCGUGGUUAUCUGAAGACAAGUUUAAGUACCUACUCUUCUCGAAAGGAAUUUGUUUCUAAAGAGCCUUGACGGUAGGCUAUGGCAGCCGGUGGAACAUCCUCGCCAACCUCUGCGAGUCCUUCUGGCCCCUCAGUAGUGACAUUAUCGAAAGAAAAGACGAAUGGCACAAGGCUAGCAAGACUGCUCUUUGAUGAAGGAACUAAUGUUCUAAGGGAAUUCUUGCAAUCCACGCAUCCAGGGCCAACACUAAAGCACGCAUUAGACAACAGUCGCCCAAAGCUCGAGGGGCUGAGGCGGAAGCGAAUACCUGAUGAGCAAUGGGAAAAACUGUUUCCUUCCUCAGGUAAUCCCCCGGAUCCCAAAAAAUUCGACAUCAUACUUUUGCACUUAUUGCUCCGUGAAGUUUGUCAUCUAAAGAUUCCUUCGACAGGAUGGCACAAAAUGCCAGCAGACGCUGAUGCGAGCCCUGAGGCCAGCAUCGUUCGUAUAAAAUGUUAUAGAAAUGAGCUGUGUCAUAGUUAUUCUACUGGAGUUCCGAAUGACGAGUUCGAAGACAAGUGGAACAAAAUAUCUUCGUCUUUAGAAGUACUUGAGGUAGCCGCCUAUCGGAAGAAACUUCAGUCCCUGAAGAGUGCUACUAUUGAUCACGAAACUCGCUUGCUGGAAGAGGAACUCGAACAAUGGAGGAGAGAGAAAGAACUUGAGAAGAGUGGAAAAAUCUCUGAGCUCUCAAAUUGUCUGCCAGAUGACAUACCAGAAGAACAUAUUAUUGGCCGUGGUGACCAAAUUCAAGAUAUCAAAGACGAGAUUCAAAGCGGAACGAUUCCUGUAAUUCAGAUCACUGGUGGACCGGGAUUUGGAAAAACGACCGUAGCCAAGCGGGUAGCCUUUGAAUUAGCCAAAGCAGAAGAUCAACGAAGUGUUUUGUUUUGUAGCCUAUUAUCGAAGACGAAUUUCAACGAAGCGACUAUGGAAAUGAUCAACUCUUGUCGUAAAGUGGUCAACACGCAAGUACAAGAGAAUCCGGGACAGUGGCUUAAAGACUGGAGCAAACAGAUUCAAAACCAAGUCACUUUUGUUCUUGACAAUGCAGAUGGUGUCAUUGAAUCUGAAGAUCGCGAAUCUUUCCUUAAUUUCUUACGCGAUGUAAGAAGCUUUUCACGACAAAAUGUCACAUUUGUGAUAACUUCAAGAAGAACAUUCCAAACUCCCGACCUGCCGUCAAAAGAAGUCAGGCUAGACCCGUUGUCAAACGAACAGGCCAGAAAUCUACUGCUGGCUCAGGUUCAAAAUGUUCAAGAGUUUUAUAAAGCAGAGCGCAUUGUGGAACUUUGUGGCUAUGUUCCUCUGGCACUGUGCAUUGUUGGAUCCCUGCUUUCAGAUUAUACCGAAGAAACUCUUGUUAAAAACCUAGAAAAUGAACCACUCGCUGUUCUGGAGGACGAUCAACUGUCUGUAGAAAAGGCCAUCAAGACUUCUUUUGAUCUUUUGACUGAAGCUGGACGAGAAGCCUUGGUUCUAAUGUCAACUUUCCAGGGGUCAUUUGACUCAGUUGCUGCCGAAGCUGUGAUGAAAGCAUGCUCAAUUCCUGGAAUUCAGCCCAUCCCGGUCAUUCGCUCCUUGAAAAAGAGUUCGCUAAUCGAGCAACCAAGUUCACGGAGGUACCAGAUGCAUCCCCUCAUUCACUCGUAUGCGAGAAAGAUUGGUCAAGCUAAGCAUGCCGAUCUCUUAGCUAGAGGAGAAAAAUUGGCCUGUGUUUAUUUCAUGUCUCGCCUUGCGGACAACGCCGAAUUGUACUGGAAAAGAGACAGCUGCAAAAAGUCUCUUUCUUCAUUCAACAAGGACAGAAGCAAUUUCGAGCAUUUUCUUGGCAAUUAUGCUCGAGGAAGGAGAGAAAAGGAUGAAGAAAUUAUGGAAGGCUCUCAAACUCUCUUGGAAAGUUUUCCACAGAAGUGCAUGUAUUUGGAAAAGUGUCUUCAUCCAAAGAACUAUGCUCAGAUCCUUGAGCAGUUAUUGGACACAUUUGACUCAACUAAUCAGCCAGUGCAUGUUGUAGAACUUUUGUGUCUUCUUGGACAUGAAUGUAGGAAGAAAGACCAAAAGAAGUACAGCGAACGUAUGGAGACAGCGGAAGAAAUUUAUCGUUUGAAUGCUGCCAAGUUUAGGGAAAAUCCGCUAUCAGAAGUCUACUUUCAUAACAGUUACGCACGUUACCUUUCCGAUAAAAAAGAUCCUAAAGAAAACAAAAGAAUCGAGAAAGAGACCCAAUCAGCUCUAGAUGUCAGUGUUACAAGUCUGUGUUAUCUUCAUCCAGAAACAGCAGCAACACUUCUUCUUUCGGGAACCAAUGCAAAGCGCCGUAAGCAGUUUGAUACAGCCACACAACAGUUAACUGAGGCGUUAGAACUCUUUAAACGGUGCCUUGGUAAACAUUUUAUGACAGCCGAAGCCCUUAAGGCCCUUGCAGACCUUUUUUUUUUUCGGGAUGGGAAAGCAGAGGGAGAAGACAACUUAACAAUCUGCAUUGAUUAUUAUAAGGCAGCCAUAGAAAUGUUCGACGAUCUCGGAGAGGGUGGAAGCAAAGAGAGUAUCCUGACUUUGAAAAACUUUGCAAUAUAUAACCAGAAAAGAGGCAGCUUUGAUGAGGCAAUGAAUAUAUUAAAAAAGGCGGAACCACUUGCCGAGAGAGAAUUAGAGGAGAAACACGAAUGGAAAGUUUCAAUCAAGACCACAUGGGCCAUCUUACAUGACGAGAUGGGAAACACGGAUAAGGCGAAAGAAAUGAUGCUUGAAGGACUGUCGAUGGCUAAGGAACUAAACUUGUCGAUAGAAAAGAUGAGAAACAAAGUCCCGAUACGAUCGUUUAUCAAUCGUUACCCAAAGGAGUUCCCUGAGACGGAAUUUCCAAGAGGAGAAAAGAAGAAAGGAAAAAAGGAGAUAAGAGGGAAAAAAGAAGAAAUGCAGUGAGGAUUUACAAUAACGAUUUUACGAAAGGCUAAGGUCCUUAACUAGAUUAAUUUUUAAGAGACCAUAAGGACCGGACAGAUAAACACAUCGCAGGCAUUAUGUUUCCUAUCCCAGAGCUCCUAAUCUUUUUCAAAUAUUUUUCUUUUUAAGAAAAUUUUGAAGAAUCGGAUUAUUUUGAUAAAUUACGCUGGUGCAUGGCAGCUUAAAGGAAUACCGAAGAAGAGUUGCACAAUUUUUUAAGUAAUCCGCCUGAUUUAAGGUAUUGCACCCCAUUUUUUUUAUGGACAAACAUUUUCAUUUCAAAAAAGUCAAUUUUUGUUAUUUUGAUCAGUCAGGCUUUUUGUAGGUCAGAAUUUAGAGCCUCACUGACGAUUUGCGGAGCACAUAUCCCUCCUACACCCCAGGUUGGAAGAGUAAAUGGAGCAAAACAGUCGCUGACAAGCAGCACUGCUUAAAGUGCAUAUGACACGAAAUUUUUUUCUCUUGUUUGUUGUUGGAUAUCUAUAGAAAACGUUUCGAAGCCUUAA